AUGACUGCGGACACAUUCAACAUUUAUUUUAAGAAAACGCUAAAUACAUGUACAGUUGAGGAUGGGACCAAUGGUGAUACCGCUGAUGAUCACUAUCAUCGUUACAUGGAAGACAUUGACUUGAUUCAUUCCUUGGGUGUCAACUCAUAUCGAUUUUCCAUUGCAUGGGCAAGGAUUCUACCGAAAGGCCGCUUCGGGCAUGCUAAUCCAGAUGGUGUAGCAUUCUACAAUGCUCUUAUUGAUGCUCUUCUACAAAGAGGCAUAGAACCAUUUGUGACGAUAUCUCAUUAUGACAUUCCAUAUGAACUAGAGAAGCGAUAUGGUGGCUGGUUGAGCCCCAAAAUUCGGUUUCUGGACCCCAUAAUUCUUGGUGAUUACCCCUCUGCGAUGCACAAGAUCUUGGGUCCAAACCUACCUGAAUUCACAUCAAAACAAAAGAAGAUACUACAAGCAUCCAAGUUGGAUUUCAUUGGUUUAAAUCAUUAUUCAACAUCCUAUUUGAAGGACUGCAUCUCCUCGUCACCAUGUGAAUUGGAUCCAUUUGAUGGGGAUGCCCGAAUUAGUACUUCAACAGAAAGAGAUGGAAUACCUAUUGGUGAAAGGACAGGGUCGCCAUACUUGAAUACCGUUCCAUAUGGGAUGGAAAAAGUGGUCAUGUAUUACAAAAGGAGAUACAAUAACACACCAAUGUAUAUCACUGAAAAUGGUUAUGCCCAAGCAAGCAAUAGCAACAUGUCUGCCAAGGAUUUUACUAAUGACACAGGAAGAGUCGAUUAUCUUCAAGGCUACCUCACCUUUUUGGCUUCAGCGAUAAGGAAAGGGGCCGAUGUGCGUGGCUACUUCGUGUGGUCUCUUCUCGACAACUUCGAGUGGAACUCUGGGUACACACAAAGAUUCGGGCUCUACCAUGUCGACUACAAGACACAAAAGCGAACCCCAAAACUGUCUGCGAAAUGGUAUAGUGAGUUCCUCAAGGGGUCACCCCUGAGAACAAGGUCCCAAAAUGGAAAUUCCUACAAGUACAGUGCCUAA